AUGACUGAAGACAACUUCUCACAGUUGAACUGGGAGUUGACCCAGUCGCUCAAUGGUAGCAGCCCGGAGGCUGAACCCGACCCUAGCUCGGGUUUGCCCUUUCUGUACGCCGUGCCCGCCGUCUACGGGCUCAUCAUCGUGAUCGGGCUGGUCGGCAACGUGACCCUCAUCAAGAUCUUCUGCACGGUGAAGUCCAUGAGAAACGUGCCGAACAUCUUUAUCACCAGCCUGGCUCUGGGCGACCUGCUCCUGCUACUGACCUGCGCUCCCGUGGACGCCAGCAAGUACGUGGCCACCGAGUGGCUCUUCGGCCGGGUGGGCUGCAAGUUGAUCCCCUUCAUCCAGCUCACCUCGGUGGGGGUGUCAGUGUUCACCCUGACAGCGCUCAGUGCAGACAGGUAUAAAGCUAUCGUCAGACCCAUGGACAUCCAGAAGACCAAUGCCCUGAUGAAAAUCUGUGUGAAAGCGGCCCUCAUCUGGGUGUUUUCCAUGCUACUGGCUAUUCCUGAUGCAGUAUUUUCUGAUCUGCACUCCUUUUAUGACCCACAUAUCAAUAAAACGUUUAAGGCGUGUGCCCCAUACCCACAUGGUGAUGAGCUGCACCCUAAAAUCCACUCCACAGCAUCCUUUCUGAUUCUCUACAUCAUCCCACUCUUCAUCAUAUCUGUGUACUAUUUCCACAUUGCCAAAAACUUGAUCAGGAGUGCUUACAACAUUCCAGCAGAGGGCAAUCAGCAUAUUUUGAGACAGAUGGAAUCCAGGAAAAGACUUGCAAAGACAGUGCUGGUGUUUGUGGGUUUCUUCGCCGUGAGCUGGCUCCCCAGCCACAUCAUUUAUCUAUACCGUUCCUACCAUUACAGGCAGGUGGACACCUCCUUAGCACAUUUGGUUGGCAGCAUCUGUGCCAGGAUUCUUGCCUUCAGCAACUCGUGUGUUAACCCCUUCGCUCUCUACCUGCUGAGCAAGACCUUCCGAAAGCAAUUCAACAACAAUCUGUUCUGCUGCAGGAGCCACCUCCUCAUACGUUCGACCAGCAUGGGCAGGAGUACCACAGCUUCGCGGAUGACAUCACUCAAAAGCACGAACCAUUCCGUGGCAAGCUUCAGCCUCAUCAAUGGGAACUUUGUUCAGCGGGAAGGUUACGUAUAG